UUUCACCCUCUUCUGAGUGGAGACAGAGUCUGCCAAACCGUUCAACAGAACCUAACAACAACAACCACCACAUCAAAGCAAAAUGACCUCCAGUGCUCAGCCCAUUUUCUCAAAGGGAGAGGACUGCAAGCCCUCCUGGCAUGAUGCUAGCGCCGGCUACAAUGAGACUGACACUCACCUGGAGAUCAUGGGCAAACCCGUGAUGGAGCGCUGGGAGACCCCGUACAUGCAUUCCCUGUCAACUGUGGCAGCCUCAAAAGGUAAAAGUGGCGAUUUGAUUCAGUCAAUACUUGAUGGUGUCCGAUAAUGGACUCAGGUGGAAAUUAGGGUUUCCUGCGUGUAGACAAACAAAGUUAAUGGGGCUUAAAGUAAUAACUGAUGGACAGAUUGCCUUAAAAACUUUACUGUCUCUUUCCAAAUUUCUUCAAAACUUAAACACAGAAAAAAAUGUAUUUUUAUUUUUUGAUAGUAUUUUAGGGACUAGUGAGUCAGGAUACAACACCCACCUGGCAUGUUAACCAAUGAAAUUAUGGCUCUCAAAUAAAGUGACUUAUCUUAAAAAGGCUGGUGUCAUAACAGAAGCAUUUCACUGUAAAAUUUUGACCAAGUUAUUAAAUUUGUCAGUAAAUAACAAAGAGAACUGGAAAAAAAAUCCCUUGUCUUGAGUUUUCUAAGAGAUUUUGUCAAAUCAGACUUAGAAUUAGCAAUAUUUAAUGUUGGUGGAGUUAUGUUUACACAUUUCUUAGUGUUUUACUUCAUUAGUUUAGUGCACAGGCUGAGAGAACACGUGUAAGUGUGUGAGCAGCAUGGUGCUUAGUGCUCUGUGAAUGCUAUGGCAGCUGUUAGUCUACUCAUGGGAACUGACCAAGAAGACUGCAGGGGGAAACAGCUCAUCUGCUCUUAGCUUUGUGUGAAAAUAGACCGAUCCACACACACACACCCUCACAGACAUGUGGGAAGAGACAAGCAUGUGCACUGACACCAUCCAUAAAACUCCGUACUAAUGCAUGUUUCUCUUGCACUUUGAUUGAACAUGAAAUGCAUUUUGCACGACUAUUUCUGCAGGCCUCUUUUGCCUUAUUUGAACUGGUUCCAGCAGCAUGCACUUUGCAGUCAUUUUCCAACCAUAAUCCAACCCUAAAUGAUUAAUUAUGAAGAGGUCAUCUAACAACAAAUAACCUUAACACAACUAUUUAUAACUUUUUGAAGGGGAUUAAAACCAUUUGGCCUGUUUGUCCAACCACGUUACAACCAACAAGCUUUCAAUCCACAGCCAACAGAGGGAGAAAAGUUAAACCUCAAGCAGCAAAGUUCAGAGAGGACUAUGGUCACGCAACUCUAUAAAAGCAAUAAUGAUUAACUGUUCAUUUGCAUAUGCAUUAGUCCAAGUCAAUGUGCAUCUGAGAGCAAGAUUUCAAAAUGUUAAAAACAAAAAUGUUUGGUUUUUAGUUGAUGGCUUUUUUUCCCUUAGUCUUUCUUUUGUUAUUGAACUACAAAAGAGCGAGUAAACUAGGCGCCAAUUGGAGAACCUCAGUCGAGAUACAUUUUCUUAUAAUGCUGUUGUUUUGCGUUUUGUCUUACAGGUGGUCGAGUUCUAGAGAUCGGUUUUGGCAUGGCCAUCGCCGCCACUAAAAUUGAGUCUUUCCCCAUCGAGGAGCACUGGAUCAUCGAGUGUAACGAUGGAGUCUUUGCUAGACUGGAGAACUGGGCCAAAUCUCAGCCCCAUAAGGUCAGUCAGUCAGACCAAUCCACCUGUAUUGGUUUGUAUUUUUCAUUACUGUUGGUAAAACUGUUCUCUGUGCUGCUGUAGGUCGUCCCUCUGAAGGGCCUUUGGGAGGAGGUUGUCCCAACGCUGCCAGCCAACCACUUUGAUGGUAAGAAAUCAAACCAGACUGAAGAGAACUUUAUUCUGCCUGUUUUGAAGCGAAUGGGAGCAGGCAGCCUGGAUAAAUCAAACAAACCUGUUUAUGUAAUGCAUUUUGAAACACCUGAAAAUGGCCUCUUCUGUUAAUGUUUUAUCAAAAUCCAGUGAGUAGAUUUUCCAGUACAGUACUGGACUUAAGUUAUUUAUUGCUGAAACUCAAAAUGAGAAUCCUUUUUCACAUAUGACUGACAGCGAGAUAUUGUUCUAUUACAGUAGAUGGUCUGAAAGAUGAUAGGAACUGAUAAAAACAUUGCAUAAAAAUAAUCACUUUGUAUGGUGCUUAAAUAUUGACAACUGUGUCCUCAACCAGGCAUCCUGUACGACACAUACCCCCUGUCAGAGGAAACAUGGCACACUCACCAGUUUGACUUCAUUAAGGUGGGUCAACUCUCAACACUGCACUAAGUUUGAUUCACUCCUGCUGAGAGAGGGUCCUGAGGGGAUUAAAAUUCUGCAGGAGGAUUAUUAAAUACUUGAAAUUAUGUGCAUGAAAAGUGGACCAAGGAAGCCGAAUAUUUGUAUUAAACAUGAACCAGUGAAGCGUUUUACUCAGUGAAGUGUCAAGAUAAUGGCAGCAGUCAUAUUAUACUUUAUUUAGCGUCUAUAUUGUAGCCAGUCUGUCUGCUUUGAGCCAUAUCCCAACAACUUAUUGAUUUUGUUUUGUGUGUGUGUGUGUGUGUGUGUUUCUCUGCAGGGUCACGCUCACAAGCUGCUUAAGGCAGGCGGCGUCCUCACCUACUGCAACCUGACCUCCUGGGGCGAGCUACUCAAGACGAAAUAUGACAACAUUGAGAAGAUGUUUGAGGUUAGACACUUUUUUUUCUGAAUACCCAUUUAAUCGUCCAAACUCUAGCAGUUUUACUUCUGCUUUAUUUCUGGGUUUAGCAGUGCGACAGGAAUCUCACCACUCUAAGCUGUCUGUAAGACACUAUUGUCUUCAUACUUAUCAGUUAGGAUUCAAUGUAUCUAGAAAUUAUGCGGUAAAAGCUUCGGCUUAAUCACAGUAAUGAAGGCUCUGCAGAGAGAUCAAACAUUGGAAGUUUGCUUUUGCAUCAUUUUAUUUUGAUAGUCCCAACAUUUCCUUUCUUUGCUCUGCAUUUAGGGACCAAACAGAGAUAUUUUUUUUACGCAUCUUGACUUUUUAAAGUAAUAACGUCACCUCUUCCACUAUGACUGGUCACCAUUACAUAUUGCCCUCCAAUUACUGAACCUUCUUUAGCCAGCUAUUGUCUCUUAAGAUGUUUUAUAUAACAGAAUGAUUAAUUUUUAAAGAAUAUAAUCUGUUUUUUUAGACAUUUGCAUUAAUUUUAGGCGUUUGCACCAGUUUGUCAAAAGUUCUAGAGUAGAUGGCGUUUUCAGUAAGUGCAGUAACUCGCGAUCAUGUUUUGUUUAAAUAAAGCACGUACGCAAAUUACUGAAUACUUAGAGUCAUGACUUCUGUCAGAAACUUUGGUUAAAAUUACUUGUUACUUUCUCUUCUUAGCCAGUGUGCCCUUCAGUUUUUUUUUAUCUCUUGGAGUUAAAUAAUCUACAGGACUGUACAGACUUGAGUUUCUGGCAUAUAUCCAUGAAGCUCAGCUCUACGAUUCUCAGGUCGAAUGAGUUCAUUUUACUUUUGUGGGCAAAGACUUCAAGGUUACUGAUAAACGUGAUCAGCCUAAAGCCACCUCACACCAACCGACCUGCGAUGUCUGUUAAUGAUUUUUCAGGAGACCCAGGUGCCUCAUCUGAUCCAAGCCGGCUUUAAGAAGGAGAAGAUUAGCACCACCACCAUGGACAUUGCACCACCCAGUGAAUGCAAAUACUAUUCCUUCAACAAGAUGAUCACUCCCACUAUUGUCAAAGAGUAAAGUGCACAGCUGCAGCCUUUAUUUUUUUACCCAAUGUGCCUUAACCAUCUAACCUCCUCAUUCUGUAUCCCACUGUCUGUCAUACCUCAAUAAAUGACCAUCCAAUCCGAGUUUAUGAUA